GAGCAGACAGCACCAGGAUAAUUCUGAACAUGUCAUCACCUUUAUACGUUCUGUCUAACAAUAAAAACCUCUCAGUGUCAUUCUGUGGUUCUGGCUUUCUUGCAACAUAUCAGGUUGGCGUUGCGCAGAGUCUUAUGGAUAAUGCGCCAUGGAUCCUACGAGGUGCUCCACGGAUCUACGGUGCAUCUGCAGGAUCUCUUGUUGCUGCAGCUGUUGUCUGUGGAUCAAAUCUAGGUCGCAUGCGAGACAAUCUGUUGGAAUUUGUGAGAUUUACAAAACAGCUCCCACUCGGUCUUCUAAACCCAACGGCUGAUGUUUACAGAUGGCUGGAGGUCACACUGCAGCGAUCUCUGCCCGAUAAUGCCCACAGUCUGGCCAGUGGUCGUUUACACAUUUCCAUGACACGCAUUGCAGAUGGAAAAAAUGUUCUGGUGUCGGAAUUUCAUUCCAACAAUGACCUUAUAAAAGCACUUUUGUGUAGUUGCUUUGUCCCUUUAUACUCUGGCACAAUCCCACCACAGUAUAAAGGCGAGCACUACAUGGAUGGGGGUUUCACAAACAUCCAGCCCUUUGAAGACUCAUCGCCCACCCUCACCGUCUCCCCAUUCGCUGGAGAGAUGGACAUCUGUCCCUCUGACACCUCCACCACCCUUUGUGAUGUCAUCAUCCAGCAGCUCUCCUUCUAUUGUUCCCUGCCCAACUUGAUCAGACUGAUAGACGCCAUGUUCCCACGAGACUGGAGAAUUUUAAAAAAGGCUUUCUACAGCGGAUACCAAGAUACCAUUUACUUUCUGCAGCGGAGCAGAGCUUUGCAGUUUUACCCUGACAAUAGAAUUGAAUCAGAUGUGUCUGAUGAUUCUGGGACGUCUGAUUCUCUGAGCUCUGAUCACUGGAUGUUGACGCAAACUGACAGUGCAGAGGAACAAGACCAGCAAGAGGAGCUUCAGAUGUCAUCUGUGGGUCACACCGAGAAGAAGAGCAUCAAAGGGGUCUGCUCAUCCACCGGUCCAUCCCGCCAGGAGCCGGAAGUACAUCAGAAGUCCACGGUGAAGGUUCAGGAAGUGCUGCUGUGUAAUAUUGUGGGUCAGCUGGAGAUUCUGAGUGAUCCGACUGUUUCUUUAUCGCAACGGACACUAUCGUUCCUGCUUUUCCUGUUCACACUGCCAAUAUGGGGUGCCACAGCCGUUGCCGAGAGGUAUCAGAAUUGGAUCAAACACACUGUGACUGUGACAUACUGGGUCUUGCAGGGUGUUAAACUGUUUAUGAUCUUUGUAUUUAACAUUUUCAUGUCCACUGCGAGAAAAAGCCUAAGAGACAUGAUGAUGGGUCUGAUCAGUUUCGUACCUUCACAAGUGCACGCAGAGUACCACAGGGCUAGAGAGCUUGUCGAGAGACGUGAGGUCUCCUCCAGUAUCAAUGCUCACGACUCUGCCCCUUUCCAAGGAUCUUCUUCCAUAUCACAGACCCUCCCAAACCUCUCCACGCUCCUGCGAUCACUAGAGAUGGGCAGCAAGUGGAAAAAACGUAAGAUAGAGGUGCAACACACAAUACUGCAACACAUGACUUUUGCAAAAAGAAAUGAAGUACGUGCAAGUGUAUAACUGUACUGCCUGUGCAAGAAGCAAAUAAAGAAGCAAAAGCUGUAGUGUAAACUAAAGGCUACUUGCUAUGUUUAUGCAAUGCUUAAAGGGAUAGUUCACCCAAAAAUAAAAAUUCUGACAUCAUUUACUAAUCCUCAUGUUGUUCUAAACCUGUUAGUUAGUUAUUUUAAUAAAUACAAUUAAAUAUAUUUUAAUAAAUGAUGGUAAGCUGAUUGUAACCAUUGGCUUUCAUAAUAGGAAAACAAUUAUUAUGGAAGUAUUGUGAUAAAAGAUAUUUUGAUAAAUGAUGGUAAGCACACAGUUGAUUGAAUUCCAUCAUAUUUGUUUUUCCUACUAUGGAAGUCAAUGGUUACCAUCAUUUAUCAAAAUAUCUUCUUUUGUGUUCAUCAAAAUAAAUAAAUAAAUAAAUAAAUGAAUAAAAAAUCAUACAGGUUUAAAACAUGAGGAUGAGAAAGUCAAAAUGUAUUUAUAUAACACCAUUUAUACAGGCAAGCUGACCAAUGUGCUUUACAAAACAAUAAAAUAUCACACAAUAGAGAAAAUGAUGAUAAAACUUGAAUUUCUGCGUUAAUUAUCCCUUUAACAUUUAUUAUUAUUAUAUUUAGCAUAACAUUUCUGUUUUUAUAUCGUUUCUUCUUUUAUCUUCAUUUCCACGUAAGCUAAAAUAGCAUUGAAAUGAAACAUUUGAUAGACAUGCUUAAAUAGCACUAUAAUUAUAGCAAUCUGAUUAAAAACCAAUAAACAGUUUUUGUCACACUUAUUACCUAUUAUAUAUUCUUUACAUUUCAUAAUUUUGUGUUUUUUGAUAUUUACUAACAUGUAUUUGCUGUAAAACUCCAUUGCAACAAUGCAAAAUUGUAUAAAAG